AAAAAAUUUGAAUUAAAAUAAAAUUUCUAAACCCCCGUUUAUUCUUCUUUUGAAACCCGGGUUAAUACGUAUGGGCUCUCUACACUCCACUCUUGGAAUCUUCAUUUGAGAGAGUCGAGGUCAUAUGAAUAUAUGUUUGCGGCCAUGGAUACGUCUAAAUUAUGCGAUGGUUUGUCGAAACAAUUUUUUGAUUCAAUUUUCUCGACGUGGGUUCUCAGUCCAAUCUGCAAAACUGACUCAAGAAUUCGUGGGUCAUGUUUCCCCUUCAGAGUUCAAUUCACAUGCAUACGCCAAUGCGCUUCAAGAUUGUAUCCAAAAAGAUGAACCCAGUAGAGGAAAGGGUCUGCAUUGUGAGAUUCUGAAAAGGGGUGGUUGCUUGGACUUGUUUGCUUGGAACAUUCUCCUCAAUAUGUACGUAAAGUCAGAUUUUUUGUGUGAUGCGAGUAAAUUGUUUGAUGAAAUGCCUGAAAGAAAUACAAUCUCAUUUGUUACUUUAAUUCAAGGUUAUGCAGAGUCUGUUCGAUUUUUGGAGGCGAUUGAGUUGUUUGUUAGAUUGCAUAGGGAGGGUCAUGAGCUUAAUCCGUUUGUUUUUACCACAAUUCUGAAGUUGCUUGUGAGUACGGACUGUGGGGAGUUAGGUUGGGGCAUCCAUGCCUGCAUUUUUAAGCUUGGUCAUGAGUCCAAUGCAUUUGUAGGGACUGCACUUAUUGAUGCUUAUUCAGUUUGUGGACGUGUUGAUGUUGCCAGAGAAGUGUUUGAUGGGAUUCUUUACAAGGACAUGGUUUCUUGGACUGGGAUGGUAACUUGUUUUGCGGAGAAUGAUUGUUUCAAAGAGGCUUUGAAGCUCUUUUCUCAAAUGAGGAUGGUCGGGUUUAAGCCAAAUAACUUUACAUUUGCUAGUGUGUUUAAGGCUUGUCUUGGUUUAGAGGCAUUUGAUGUGGGGAAGAGUGUGCAUGGGUGUGCCUUAAAAUCUCGCUAUGAGUUGGAUCUAUAUGUAGGUGUUGCUUUGCUUGAUUUGUAUACUAAGUCUGGAGACAUCGAUGAUGCUCGGCGGGCAUUUGAGGAGAUUCCUAAAAAGGAUGUGAUCCCUUGGAGUUUUAUGAUUGCACGUUAUGCUCAAAGUGACCAGAGCAAGGAGGCUGUGGAAAUGUUUUUUCAGAUGAGGCAAGCUUUAGUGCUUCCUAAUCAGUUUACUUUUGCGAGUGUGCUGCAAGCAUGUGCAACUAUGGAGGGUUUAAAUUUGGGAAAUCAAAUACAUUGCCAUGUAAUCAAGAUUGGCCUUCACUCUGAUGUUUUUGUUUCAAAUGCCUUAAUGGAUGUCUAUGCAAAAUGUGGAAGGAUGGAGAACUCAAUGGAACUUUUUGCGGAGUCACCACAUAGGAAUGAUGUGACCUGGAACACGGUGAUCGUUGGGCAUGUGCAGUUAGGGGAUGGGGAGAAGGCUUUAAGAUUGUUUCUCAAUAUGCUUGAAUACCGAGUGCAGGCAACUGAAGUAACAUACUCUAGUGCUCUUCGUGCUUGUGCUAGCUUAGCAGCAUUGGAGCCAGGACUUCAGAUUCAUUCCUUGACAGUCAAAACCACUUUUGACAAAGAUAUUGUAGUGACUAAUGCUUUGAUAGAUAUGUAUGCCAAGUGUGGGAGCAUUAAAGAUGCCCGAUUAGUGUUUGAUUUGAUGAACAAACAAGAUGAAGUUUCAUGGAAUGCUAUGAUCUCAGGAUACUCCAUGCAUGGUUUGGGUAGGGAGGCUCUAAGAAUUUUUGACAAGAUGCAGGAAACAGAGGUCAAACCUGACAAGUUAACUUUUGUUGGUGUACUAUCAGCAUGCGCCAAUGCAGGCCUUUUAGAUCAAGGCCAAGCUUAUUUUACUUCAAUGAUACAAGACCAUGGUAUUGAACCUUGCAUAGAGCACUAUACAUGCAUGGUGUGGCUGUUAGGUCGAGGAGGCCAUCUUGACAAGGCUGUCAAGUUGAUUGACGAAAUUCCAUUUCAGCCUAGUGUUAUGGUUUGGCGUGCUUUACUUGGAGCUUGUGUGAUCCAUAAUGACAUUGAGCUUGGGAGAAUUUCUGCUCAGCGUGUGCUUGAGAUGGAACCCCAAGACAAGGCUACCCACGUGUUACUGUCUAACAUGUAUGCCACUGCAAAGAGAUGGGACAAUGUUGCCUCUGUUAGGAAAAACAUGAAAAGAAAAGGAGUGAAGAAGGAACCAGGCCUUAGUUGGAUUGAAAGCCAGGGCACAGUUCAUUCUUUCACUGUGGGGGAUACUUCACACCCUGAGGUGAGAGUGAUUAAUGGGAUGCUGGAGUGGUUGCACAUGAAAACCAAGAAGGCAGGCUACAUUCCAAACUAUAAUGUUGUUUUGCUUGAUGUGGAGGAUGAAGAAAAGGAACGCCUCUUGUGGGUACACAGUGAAAGAUUAGCUCUUUCUUUUGGGAUAAUUAGGACACCAUCUGGAAGCCCCAUUAGGAUAAUGAAAAAUCUACGAAUAUGUGUGGAUUGCCAUGCUGCAAUUAAGUGUAUAUCAAAGGUUGUGCAGCGAGAAAUUGUUGUCAGAGACAUCAAUCGAUUCCAUCACUUUCAAGAAGGUUUAUGCUCUUGUGGUGAUUAUUGGUGAUUGACAUGCCCUACUGCCAUUCCAGAAGUAAGGUGUCCUUGCUUUGAGGAAUUUCACAGCAGUAGAGAGCAUUGGAUAGAAAUUUACAGGUGAUAGGUCAAAGAAUAGUAUGAAAGUCAACUAUCGCUCUAAGGAAAGUUACUUGAAGAAGAAACUAGAUUUUGUAGAUAUGCACCUACCUUUGUUCAAGUCAAAGAGAUGAUUAUACUUGCCCACUGCUCUUCUAUGGAAUUGCUAUAUGUUUAUCUGCUGUUCCUUAGAUUGGUCAUUUGGCUCUCAGGUAGCCCCAAGGAUUGGCAUCCAACAUGAUGAAUUUGUCUACCACCCCAACUUUACAAGGCACUGUGGUUUGACCGGCUUAUGAUUAGGUUCCUUCAAGGUCUCCAGACAAACAAUACAUGAGAAAGUAGUCAUGAUCUGAUGAUCACUAGUAACUCUUUUACUCUGUAUACUGAGUAACCAAGACAAUGCAUCAAUCCUUCACCAUAAAUGAUAUACAGACUUGUGGGUCAAAAGCAUCUCCAGGUCUGGUUGAGCCAUCUUGCAAAGCAUUUUCUCUUACAUUUUUACCUCCAAGUCUUAAGGUGCUUAAUUAAACAUCACGAGUGUUACUAUAUUUUUUUUUUUUAGGCUGGUUGAUGAUGAAUUGCAUCUCAUAAACCAUGGCUUAUGUAUCUUUAUUAUUGAUAAAAAAAAAAAAGAAAUAAACCAUGGCUUAUGUAGCACCAAAUUUUUCAAAAAUUAUCAAGAGAAAGUCAAACUGUUUUCACUCUAUCAGCUUCCAUCUAAAACUUCUAACUUCUAUUUUCCUUGAUGUGGAUCUGGUUCUGAUAAUACUGUGCCUUGUUUGGAAGCUUCUAGAUUGAGCUCUAUAAUUAGGGUUGGCUUAAGGUUAUAAGUAUUGUGUUAUAUUUGUAGAGAAAUGAUCCAAUCCUGUGUAGAGUUACAUUCUUUGUACUUUAUUGAACUAUAGUAGUAUAAUGCUAUAAUUUUAUUCCCCAAUUUAUGUCAAUAAGUUUGAGUUUUUUGUCUGGAAAAUUGUAGUAUGAUUAUCACCAGCCUUGAUGGGAAUGAUGGCCCCUGCAGUGACAUUGUAGAAAAGGCAUGAUCCACUUUUGAGUCAAAUAGAUCAUUAGUCUUGACUGGCCACUCUACAAAAUCAGUGUCCUGUAUUUAUCUGCCAUUCCUUAGAGUGCAUGUUGACUGCCAUAUUAACUGCACUUUAGGUCAAAUUAUACUCCUAGAAUAUGAGGAACAGGCAUAUUAUGAAGUUCCAAUUCCAGGACUACUAAUAACAUGGUUGACUAUUUUUCAUGGCUGAGCAUGCAGGAUAUGCUUCUAAGCAUGAGGUUUUUUUCUUUAUGUGGAGGAUGAUGAGUGGGAAUGCAUGGCAUGGCCACACGGGGUGCAUGUUGAGAGAUUAACACUAGAUCUUAGGCUACUUAGGCAUCAUCUAGAACUAGAAGCUGCAUCUUUACUAUGAAAACUUUUGAAUAUGUAUAGACUUAUUACUUAGGCAUCAAGCUGUUAUUAAAGGUUGCACAGUGAAAUAUUUUCACCAGAAAGAGAAUGAUUUCAUUGCUUUCAGGAAUCUCCUAUGGUAAGGUGACUGAUGUACCCUAAAGUCCUCUACUUUUUUCUAGGGUUAAAAUAUCCAUCUUUGUAGCUAAGUUCAUACCGACAUGAAGGAAGGUUGAAUUAGAAUAUUGAUAAAUUUAUGAGGGAUUUGAGAAGUUUCUUUUGAUUGAAGUGGUGACAUGUUUACUAAAAUAGAUUGAGUGUGGGUAAUUAUUGCUAUAUAUGACAAUAUUAUGCAAUAUCUAUGAUCCAUUAGUCAGCAUAUCUUUCUGUUCUCAUGUCUACUUGAAAUAAUUCGAGACAUCACCCUUUCAUUGUAUCCAAUAUAUGAUGACAUUGAAAACUCUGGCUAACAUUUCCAAAAAAUUACUUGUUCAAAAUCAUAUUUCUGAAAUUGAUAAACUUUUGACUUUUGAGACCUGAAUUAUGUUAUAGGUGGUAGUGGAUCCAAAAAUGUCUUAGUCGGUAAGAUAAUAAGUCCAGUAGAUCUCAUCGCUUAAUUUCACCACGUGGUGGCGGCUGCCGACUAAUUGGGAUGCUUCUCUUUUCUCCGUAAUUUCUGCUAUGAUUUCGUGGCAGAGUGAGGAGAUUUUUGGCCUUUAGUUGAAAGAAAUAUCUUAGAUAACACGCGCACAUCAGUAUUAGCUUCAUAUGUAAAAAAGCCAACAGUAAUUGCUAGGGUUUCAUCGUUAUUAGAGUAAACCCUAUUCUAAGCUUUGUCGAUAUGCAAAGUUAACCACAUGACCAUACUGGUCAUUGCAUAGAGGAUGUUACCUACCAAGUAUGCUUUCAUGUUGCUGCAGAAGAAAUUUGAUCUUUAGUUGUCUGAUAGACAACAAUCACAUGCAACUUACAAGAAUUUUAGCACUCUAGAAAGCAACAGUUCAUCUUAUGGAUCAGAUUAUUUGGUUCAUUGGUAAAGUCAUAGUUCCAAAGACAAUUGACUAACCAACUACCAAAUUCCCUUGUUACUCCAUUACUGCCAGUGUCACCUAGAUUGUUCCAGCUAUUUCAAUCCAUAUUGAAUUAUCAUUUGACUAUAAUUUUGACAUGGUCCAAGUGAAAUUGAUUUUUUGAGUUCUACCCUCAGACAAGGAGAAAAGUGGAGCAGAAACUUGAAUAGGAUUUUUAUCUGUUGCUUAGAAAAAGUUCUGAGUUACCACUUUCCUAGAAUAAACUCAUUUCUUUUGUUGAUGAAGUAGGAAACUAUCCUUGUUGAGGAUUCCAUGAAAAACGGCUCCUGCUUGCUUCUAAAAUGAGCAAAAACUGAAGCAACUUCCUAAGAUUCACAUUCAUGACCAAGAAUUUUUUUUUUUUUUUUUUUUUUUUUUUUUAUCCAUAUAGCUGGAUGGCAAGUUAAGCUUCAUUCUCUAUUAACUUUUUCAUAGAAUUGUUGCACAUGUUGUGCUAGCCACUUUGUAAAUAGUUAAUAAACUAGAAAUCUCUGUCAUGUUUAAAGCUGACCUGACCCAACUUUAAUUAAGAAUACCGUGUUUUUGAAUUUCAGUAAUUCUUGGGAAACUGUUUCCUCAACAGCAUAUCAUUUAUUUGUAUGGUUGUAAUUGCAUCCUGGAGCUGUUCUUUCCCUUGUUUUCCCCUUCUCAAAGCAGUAAGAAGUAUAUAUAUUAUAAGAACUGAAGACCAAGUUGGCAAGGUUGGCUCAAGCUGGGGCCAGAAAUACAUUCUCAAAACGGUUUAUUAUAUCUAGUCAUGAUAAAAACCAAUCAGGUGAUAUUGAUGGUGAGAAUGGAUUUAUGCAAUGAAUCCAAAGAGUUGGUAAAAUGCAUAAUUCAGUCAGAGUAGUAAAGUGCCAGCGACAGCCCUCCUUCAAGUCAAAUUUGGCUGUUCAACGCUUUCCAGCUUAAAGUAAAUAGCCUGGCAAGGAGAAUUGGGCAUGGGACGUGUGGAUUCAGAAGUAUGCAUGUUGCAGACAUCUCCCAAAAGCAAUGGAGGUGAGCCGCCUCAUAUGAUUUUGAUCUUUUGGUAGCUGAAAACUGAAACUGUGUCAUCCCUGGUUAUGCCAUCUCUUAGGCACAAACAAGGGCAGCGUCCUACCAUUCUGUAAUCUGGGUAUUGUGCUUGAACUUGAAACAGAACUGUUUUUACAUUAUGUACCAUUCAAGAAUUGAAACAAAAGCUAUGAAAAACAGGUGAAUUGGUAGGUGA